AGAGCAGAGGAGGGUACCGAGAAGCGGCUUCACCGCCCCUGGUGAAGGGUCUGCACGCUGCGCUGUUGCUGGGCGUGUGGGUGAGACGGUGAUGGGUGGUGGUACUGACAGUCCUGCCGAAGGAGGGCAGGGAUCCCGCCGCCCCUGAGUUCCAAGCUUGGCUUGUGAAAGCCGCGUCGGGCGGGGCUGCGUCAGCGGAGCUGACGACCUACUGCAGAGGCAGCAGCACCAACGGCUCCCCGGCGUCCUGAUGUCCUGCUCCUAAGUGACUACCAUGGCUGCAGGAGUCUUGCCUCAGAAUGAACAGCCCUAUUCCACUGUGAAUAAUAGUGGGCAUGCUGCAAACAUGAAAGGCAAUUCAGGACGUCCAGCACCGAAGUAUACAAAAGUGGGAGAGCGUUUACGACAUGUCAUCCCCGGACACGUGGCCUGCUCCAUGGCAUGUGGGGGCAGAUCAUGCAAGUACGAAAAUCCAGCCCGCUGGAGUGAGCAGGAGCAGGCCAUCAGGGGUGUCUACUCGUCCUGGGUCACCGAUAACAUCCUGGCAAUGGCUCGCCCAUCCACUGAGCUCCUUGAGAAGUACCGCAUCAUUGAGCAGUUUCAGAGUCAUGGCUUAAAAACAAUCAUUAAUCUACAGCGGCCUGGUGAGCAUGCCAGCUGUGGGAACCCUCUGGAACAAGAAAGUGGUUUCACGUACCUUCCUGAAGCUUUCAUGGAAGCUGGAAUUUAUUUCUACAAUUUCGGAUGGAAGGAUUAUGGUGUAGCAUCACUUACCACUAUAUUAGAUAUGGUGAAGGUGAUGACAUUUGCCUUACAAGAAGGAAAAGUGGCCAUCCAUUGUCACGCAGGGCUUGGUCGAACAGGUGUUUUAAUAGCUUGCUACUUAGUUUUCUCAACAAGAAUGACUGCUGAUCAAGCCAUUAUAUUUGUUCGGGCAAAGCGACCCAAUUCCAUUCAAACUCGAGGACAGCUACUGUGUGUGAGGGAAUUUACUCAGUUUCUGAUUCCUCUUCGCAACAUAUUCUCUUGCUGUGACCCCAAAGCACAUGCUGUCACCUUAACACAGUAUCUGAUUCGCCAGCGGCAUCUACUUCAUGGAUACGAGGCACGACUUCUGAAACAUGUGCCAAAAAUUAUCCACUUCAUAUGCAAAUUGUUGCUGGACUUAGCUGAGAACAGGCCCAUAGUGACAAAAGUGGUAGAGGUACCUGGCCUCUCUGCUGAAAUUGAAAAAACUGUUUCUGAGAUGGUCACGAUGCAGCUGGAUAAAGAGUUACUGAGGCACGACAGUGGUGCUUUGGACUCUUUCACCCCCACUGCAAUGGCGGCAGAUUUGAAGAAUCAAGAUGUGAUUCUUUCCAGUGAACAAGAAUUUGACCCUCUUUGGAAAAGACGGAAUAUAGAAUGCUUUCAGCCCCUGACUCACCUGAAAAGGCAGCUCAGCUACAGUGACUCAGAUUUACAGAGGGCCGAGUCACUUCUGGAGCAGUCAGGGACUCCAUGGACGGUGCCCGCUCAAGUCUUGUUUUGCCCCAGCCCCAGGCAGCAGACACCCAUUAGCCACCAUGAUGCUUCACAGACUCCACAGCUGGAUUUCAGUAAGGAAAUGCUGAUCUGCAAUACAUUUUCUUUCUGGAAUCAGGCUAAAUUUAGAGACUUAGAAGAAUACAAAGAUGAUGGGUCACCAAUUUUCCAAAAGAAGAAUAUUUCAAAGGAAGUACAACGGAGUAAAACCUUCUCUUCAGGUGUUUCUGGUUCAUACAACCCUGGGGAACCAGUUACAUCCAGUGUUGCAAAUAUCCCAAAGGAACCACACUGUUCUCCCCAGCAAGGCACCCCAUGUCUGUGUGAAGUUCAUGGUAGCUGCAGCAGCCCUGUGGACUGUGGCUCCGGCCCCAAAACACAAUCCUCACAGUCAUCAAUUGGACCUAAAAUCCAAGAGAGCAAAGAUGUGCCUGAAGUUGCUCCACACACUGCUCUGCAUUCUGAAUUAAGUGUUGAACAAAGGAGAAUACUGGCAGCCAAAGCCCUGGCAAACUUAAGUGAGUUUGCAGAAAAGGAGGAAGUGAAAAGGAAGGUAGAAAUGUGGCAGAAAGAACUGAAUUCCCGAAACGGAGCUUGGGAAAGAAUAUGUGCUGAAAAGGAUCCUUUCAUCCUGUGCAGUUUGAUGUGGUCGUGGGUGGAGCAGCUGAAGGAGCCUGUCAUAACCCAAGAGGACAUGAACAUGUUGGUUAACAGGCAUGCAGAUACUGAAGAAGCUCUGUUUUUAUUAGAGAAGGGCCAGCACCAGACUAUUCUUUGCGUGUUGCAUUGCAUAGUGAGCCUGCAGACAAUUCCUGUGGAUGUGGAAGAAGCUGUUCUUGCUCGGGCCAUUAAAGCUUUCACUAAGGUUAAUUUUGAUUCUGAAAAUGGACCAAUUGUUUACAAUACCCUAAAGAAAAUAUUUAAGCACACACUGGAAGAAAAAAGAAAAAGGACAAAAGACAGCCCUAAACCUUGUGUUUAGUGAAGGUGACCUUCCCCUCAUGGCGCAUGUUUCGUACCAGAAGAUCCAGAUGGCAUUUCUGUUCAUAGGUGAACAAGUUAAAGUGUGGUGCUAUGUUGACUCCUAGCACUUUAUUUCAGAUGCUCUUGGUUUGUGCUAAGAAUAACCAUUUCUCUUUGGAGCAAUUAUUUCUUUUAAAAUGUCAAUGAGCUACGUUUUUGUGUUUAAAAAAUCCCCAUAAAGUUGGUGCCACUUUCUUUUAUUUACUUAACUGAAUUCAUAUUGUUGUAUUAAUAUUUUAAGUAUGUAGUGUUUACAUCCUUAUUCUUUUUGACAUUUUGGAAAAAAGUCAUAACUCUUCUUUCCAAAACAAUUAUCUUAUUGACAGAACUCUUUCUCGAGUUUUUACCAAAUAGAUGUCAGUGAUAAAACCUCACUGUUUAUCCAUCCCCGAUGCAUGACCUAAGGAAGUCACCAAGUGUCUUAAACCAAGUGUUUUAUAUUUAUUAAUAAGAAGGCUGUUGAUACAACAUUUUUAAAGGAUUUUUUUAAAUUGUUUGAAUGUUUUUUAUAAAUGUGGCAGAGGGUUUCAAAGUAUAUUAUUUUCCGGGGUGGUUUAGUUUUACAUUAAAGAAAUGACUGUGAGAUGGUCAGGAUUUUUUACUUCUAGAAAGUGGAUUUGCUCAGGCUUUUAGAUGACUUUGCCAAUCUCUAAUGUCACAGGAGGCAAGAGUGGUACUCACACAUUAGGCCUUAUUCUCACUCCCCUGGUUGGCUGCUGGGCCAAAUCGUAUCUUUACAGAAGAAUUGGGAUCAGCUGUGGGCGCUGUGGUCACUGUGGGACACUCUCAAAACUCCUUGGGAAGGCCUGUCACAUGGCGUGGGCACCUCAGCCCUGCUCUCUCCAGGUGCCCUUUCUGUUCCCCAGAGCCAUGUCUGUUCAUGCUGAUAGUGUGAUAGUGUGAGAUAUGGCCCAUGCCUCCCAGUCUGCCAUUCCAUAGACCCAGUUGCCUUUGACUGCCUUUGACUAGGACAAGUAAGAUUUUUUAAAUGAAUUUAACCCACUUAGGUUACAUUCACCCUACUGGCUUUAGAUAAGAAAAAGUAACUUCCUAAACUAGUUCCUUGUAGAACCAAACUGUCAGUCAGCUAUUGAAGCCAUAACUAUUAUUCAGAUAAACACCUGGGGUACCAUAGACCAAGCGAGAGAGGACUGAAGUUUUUCCCUAUAAAGGUGAUGUUAAACCAAUUUCAAACUGAAGAAGUUACUACUUAAUCAUAAAGACAGCAUAUCAGGGAAAACUAAUUUAUAACAAAUGAAGUUUCUCUAAUCUCUGCAUUUGUGAAUCAAGCUCUAGCACAUUAAAAAUAUUUUAUUAUUAGUCUUACUAACUCUGGUGGAAAACACUAAAUGCCAUUUUCUUUCACACUGUUUGAAUUUUCUUAGGAUAUCAAAUCCAAUGUUUUUAAUGAACUGGGUUGCCCAUUGCUGAUAUUUCUCAUUUUCAAGUGCCUGAUCUGGGUAAGUAGGGGAGAAAUCAAUUACAUUGUAUUCAAAGGUACCUUAUAAAAAUGUGUUUUACCCAAAAAGAUGUCUGUUCUCUUCUCAUUCAGUCUCAUGUGGGCAAGUAGCACCAUAACUCAUUUGAUGAGAGCUAUUGGCCUGAUUCUGGAGGAAUCAUUUCAAAGUAAAGGACAGAUCCUACCAGCCACAAUGUGACCAUGGCAGUGCACACCUAAAAUUUUAAGUGCACCAACCUGAAAGGAGAGUUGGUGGGAGAAUUAAUCAAGCUGUCUAUAAUUGUUGUAUUUAUUUGAAUAAAAGUGAAAAGGACAACCUAAACCCUCAUCUUGUACUUCUUUAGCUGGAGGGUCGUCGUGCACAUCCUGAUGAUAAAGAUGCUGUUUGUAGUUAGAUUAUCCUGAUGGGCAGGCUGAGUUGUAGGCUGAAUAGUCAAGUGGCCAAGCUCUGGUCAGUCCCAAGACCUUUGGUUCAGAAUGACCAAGUGAACUGGAGAACUAGCAUUGAAGAAUUCUAAGAGGAAUGGGUGAAGGAAAACUCAAGGCUGACAGGAUUCCAAACUUCCUAUGUUUGAGUGGAUUAGUAGGUCUUUCCUGCUCAAAGAAUAGAAAUCUACCUAUAGGAAGAAGUUACAGGUUUGCAAAACUCAGUUCAACAAAAGUAGGAAGGGCUAAGAGCACACACAUAAACCACCUCAGAGAGGCUUGUCUUACCAGACUGAGAGAGAAGUAUUAUUCAUAAUUGACUGAGGGUGGAAUCCUAGUCUGACUAAUUCUGAACCAUGCUCUCCUCUCACCUGAAAUCACCUGCCUAUGGAGCUCCUAACCAGGUAGAGCUGCCCAGCAUGGAGCGCCCCACCAGGAACCUUGAGGCUCUCUUACAUUAGACUCCAUGAUAGUGUUACAGAGCAUCAUUUUGUCUAUAAGUGCUAUGAAAAUAGACCAUGUUUUGGGUUCCUCUGGAAAAGGCUGAACUGGCUGUGUUACUCAUAAGAUUUCUAGCAUAUCACACAGAGGAAGUGCAUGAUUUCUUGCCCUGUUUUUUUUUUCUGUCUUAACAUUUUCUGAUGUUCUUUGAGAUAAGGUACUGCUGGUUCACAGAUUGCUUUGAGUAUUUGCAUAACUCAGAAGUACUGUGCUGAUGGAUUUAGUCAUAUCUUCAACCAGCUUCCCACUAUUAUCUGAGAAAGAGUAUGUGCUUUCAUACUUUGGUUCCAUUAAAUAGCCAUAUGUCAUAAUAAAGUUUUUCUAUUUGCUCUUAAAUGGAGAAUGCUUACUCAUACACUUGGGUGCUGUUUCAGGCUAUUCUUUAGAUGUCUGAAAAAAUUUUUUCAUGUAUAGUGUAGUAUAUUAUAGACAAAAUGUAUGCCUUGAGUUCUUGAUUUUUUAAGUCCUCCAAAUUAUUUUGGGCCUUUAUUAAAAGUGACAGUUUACUUAUAAGAUCUUCAUUGUUGUCCCAAACUAACAAUUAAUAAUUGUCAUUAUUAUUAUUAUUAUUUUAAUUGUUGUUCAACCACAGUUUUCUUUCUUUAUUCCCAUCCUAGCCUACCUCCCGAGCCUUCCCCACCUCCCUCCCCU